AUGUUCCUCACUGCAGCAAAACAGCGGCAAGACCCCAAUGAUGAGAGCAAGGCAGCCCCUCGCGUCUUCCUCAUAACAGGCACCUCAACCGGCUUCGGUGCCGAGCUCGUCAAAGUCGUCCUCUCCAACGGCGACCGCGUCGUCGCAACCGCGCGCAACAGCUCCAAGCUCUCCUUCGAUGGCACAGAUGACUCCAACUACCUCGCCGUGGACCUCGACGUGACGAAGAAGGAGUCGAUAAACGCCGCCUUCGAUGCUGCGCUAAAGAAGUUCGGCAGCGUGGAUGUGGUGGUGAAUAACGCGGGAUAUGGACUUGCGGGCGAGUUUGAGAGUCUGAGCGACGAGCAGAUACGGACGCAGAUGGAGAUCAACUUUUUCGGGCUGGUGGACGUGACGAGGAGGGCGAUGGAGGUUAUGAGGGAGAGUGGGAGGGGGGGCGUGAUCCAGCAGAUCACGUCUAUUGGCGGGCAGAUUGGCGUCCCCGCCUUCUCAAUCUACUGCGCCUCCAAAUGGGCCGUCGAAGGCUUCACCGAAGCCGUCUCCAAAGAAGUAAAGCCCGAGUGGAACAUCCGCUUCACGUGCAUCGAGCCCGGCGGCUUCCGCACCGAUUGGGCGGGUCGCAGCAUGGACUUUGCUGCUGACAAGAACCCGGCGUACGACCACAUGGACGCCAAGAAGUCGAUGGGUGAGCGCCAUGGCACGCAGGCGGGCGAUCCCUAUAAGGCGGCUAAGGCGUGGUAUCAGCUGGCGGUUAUGCCGGACCCGCCGCUUAGGUGCGUGGUCGGGACGGAUGCGUAUAAGACGAUAAAGAAGAAGUUGGAGGAGUAUGGAGAUAAUGUGAAGAGGUUUGAGGAGCUGAGCAAUGGUACUGAUGUUGAUGAGUAA